AUGGACGCAUAUUACCUGAGAGACCCGGUACUGGAUCAGGUGCUUCCAACCAAGAAAUUCAGCACUGGGAACGAGGCCGCGUUGACUACGAGCGCCGAUAACUCGCUCAUCAUAAAGUUCUCGCGGUCAGUGAACGACGGCACUGUGAAGGUGCUGCUCAAGGGAGUCAACUACAUGAUCUGGGCCUACUCGGACGGCUCUCAGACCCUCGCCCAGCACCCUAUGAGUAACAUGGGAUCCCAGGCGAUAGACUAUAGCUGCCCUUCUUCCACCAGCAGCAGCGGCGGCAACAGCACGGGAAGCAACGGCAGCACCGGCAACACAGGCAGCACCGGCGGCACUGGCAGCACCGGCGGCACUGGCAGCACCGGCGGCACUGGCAGCACGGGCAACACUGGCAAUACGGGCAACACUGGCAGCACGGGGAGCAGCAGCAGCAGCGGCAGCAGCGGCAGCAGCAGCAGUGGGUCGUCCUCCCAGUCGCAGGGGCCAGCGUGCCAUCCGUCCUCCCUCCCGGGAUACAUCUGCUCCACCCAGCUCAGGCAAAACGCCUACAUCCUGCACUGGGCGGUCAACAAGGACAGCACAGUGAGCAUGGCAGCACAGGUGGCCACCACAGGCUACAUCGGCGUUGGUUUCUCUAAGGACGGCCAGAUGAUCAACUCUGACGCAGCCAUUGGGAACGUGCCACCUGGCACGCUGGCCAAUGGGGCGGCGGUGGGGCCGUAUUACAUGAGUGGGCGUGAUGUGGCGUCGGUGCAGCAAACUGACACGUGGAGUGUAACCAACACAUCAGUUACCAGUGCCAAUGGAUACACGAUAAUCAAGUUCACGCGCACCAUGGGCACGGGGAAUGUGCCCAUCAACCCAUCGGGCCCCACCACCAUCAUCUGGGCCUACUCGCCUGAUGGCUCCACCACCCUCGCCUUCCACGCCAGCAACUACGGGUCAGCCUCCAUAGAUUUCAUCAAGGGGAAAACCACAGCAGGCGAGGGCAGCAGCACAGCAGCCUACAUCGCCCACGGGGCGCUCCUCUCCAUCGCCUUCGCCCUCCUCAUGCCCCUCGCCAUCCUCCUCGCCCGCCUCCUCCUCGCCGACCGCCCCGACUCCGCCCCCCUCAACCUCAACCGCGCUUCACACACCGCCGCUGCUGAUGCCUAUGGGAAUGGGAAUGGGAGUGGAAAGGGAUCGGCAGGUCAGCAGCAUCACCCGGCGAAGAGCUAUCGGCCACUAGGGUUCCAGCUGCAUCGGGGCAUUCAGCUCUUUGCACUCGUGGUCGCACUAUCGGGGACGGUUGUGAUAUUUGUGCAAUCGGGCUCCAAGGGGUUGAGCUGGACGCAUGGGCAGGUGGGGUUGGCGGCGGUGAUUCUGGCGCUGGUGCAGGCUGUGGUGGGGUUUGUGCGACCGGAUAAGACCGCUCCGAACCGGUUCAAGUGGCUUGUGGUGCACUGCUUGGUUGGUGCUACUACCAUUGGGCUUGCAUGGGCGGCCAUGUUCCUGGGCAUCGACCUCUACCACACCAAGUUCAUGCAAAAUGUUACGUGGUGCUACUGGGUCUGCGGCGCGUGUGUGGGCAAUUUUGGCGUGGCAUACCUGAUUCUGGAUGCUUCAUUCGCUGCUCCGCGAAGUCUAUCCGCCACGCCCCGCGGGUCCCGCCUAGUUGCGCGCGCCAAGUUUCAGGGCUUCAACCAGUCGGUGGGGGAGGCGCAGGAGGCGGACGGCGCAGCCGUUGCGCCGGCGAGCGCGGAAGAGAACGGCGCAGCCGUUGCGGCCGCCGCGGAGGGAGCCGCAGAGGAGCGGGACGCGGGAGGACGCGACGACGACGUGCUCCCCACGGACCUGGACGGCGCUGUGCGCCAAGCAGGGGAAUCUGCCGCGUACUUCUGCAACGGAGGCGGCACCCGCGCUAUUGUGGAGCUGCUAGUACCUGAUUUGGAGAUCAAAUCGGACGAAGGCGCGCAGCAACUGCUCUGGGAUACCAGCCGCACCUUCCUUGACUCCCUCAAGGGCCACCUGGACUUUGAGAACGUGAGGGCCAUCUUCCCGGAUGCAGGCUCGGCAGCACUCCUCAAGAACCAGUGGCCCGACGCACCCUUUGCCUUCUCCAGCCUCAUGGACCGCAAGCCAGUGCAGGAGCAGGACGACGUGGUCGUGCUCAUCACCCCCGAGUACCAGCAGCUCAGCGUGGUCGAGUCCAUAGGAGGCAUGCUAGCCACAGAGGAUGGCUUGACUCGCCCGCUGAUUAUGUAUAACCCGAGGCUGGUCAGCGGGGAUGUGGGCGUGGGGCUGAACGUGCGCCGGCUGAGGGAGCGAUUCCUGUCGACGUUUACGACCGCGUUCUGCCUGCGGCCGCUGCCGGUGGGAGCGAUCUACCGGCGGUACCCCAACCCCUGGCAGUUGUAUUUGGAUGAUCCUAACGAGCCAGGCCGAUACAUUUUGUUGCGGCAACAAGGGUCCAAACCUAACAUCGAUGAUAUCGAGGAAAUGUACAUGGCUGCAUCGGGAGGGGGUGAGCCUGGAGCAGAAGAGCCAUCGUUCAUCGAGCAGGCGUUUGGAGUUAUUUCAUCAUUCAACAGGUUCAUGCAAUCUCUUUCCAAGUAA